AAGCCCGAAUAUCACCGAGGCUUGUUUUUCUAGUACACAGCAGGCGCUCAACAGUGAUGGAUGGAUGCAUUUGGAAUUCAUAAGGAUGCAAGAAUAAAAAUGUACGACUUCAUCCAACGCUAAAGCACAAGGAACGGAAAAGAAAGGAGUGGGUGAUUAUUUCAGCAGGGCCAAAUGUCUUCCAAUAACAGCAUCAUGUCCAAGAAGAUCCGGACGGAGUACAUGAAGAAGUUCAGAGAUCCCAAGUGGCAGACGUUCUCGAAAUGUUACGAGGACUCUGUGAAAUACAGACUGACGCGGAGGCUGAUGGAGCAGACACACAGACCGUUAUUUGGGGACGGAUGGGACAGCGGGUUUGACUCGAGCGGAAGGUCCAGUCCCAAACUGCAAGACGGGAACGUUUCGAAUGCCAAACACUACACAUCCUCAUCAGAGUCCAAGAACGAGAACGCAGAGGUUCAGAGCUCCUGGAAGCCACAGGUGAAUGGAGAAGUUCACACAGAUACGAGUGCAACCGUGGAAAGCUCACUUCCCUUGGAAAAUGGUUACAAAGAUGUGACUCCUAACGGACCAUCAGAAUCGAAUCCAAAACGGCGACAGAGACAGCGGGCGCCCCGUUCAGAGCCGUGCUACCCUAAUAAAGAGCUGGAUAGUGAUGAAUCUCAGCUAUCUGUAUCAAGAAAACCAUCCAGGGCCAAGAGCCAACCACCGGGCAACACCAAGAAGCGGACGUCCAACCGUGAGAACAGACGGUCUUUUAUCCAUUAUGACUGGGCAGAAAGGCACAUUGAGACCAGGGACAGAAGGACACCAAAUAUGAGAACGUCUAUGUCCGCUGGAGAGGUGAGGCCUGAUAUUAACAGCAGCUUUCUGUAUUGAAUCUGAUAUGUGACCCUGGACCUCAAAAGCAGUCUUAAG